GGCCCCGCCUCCAGGCCCAUUCCAAGAUGGCGGGGAUCCCCCUGUACUUUGUGGACUUGCAGGAUGACUUAGACGAUUAUGGAUCUGAGGACUACGGUCCCUUGUGCGACGGCAUGAGGGUGACAGCCUUCUUGGACGUUCUGGGCCAGGACAACCUGCCUGCACUUGCUCGCCUGGAGAAGUACACUUUCAGCGGCAGCAUCUUCAACCGUCAGAUUAUUGCCAGAGGGCUGCUUGAUCUCUUCCGGGACUUCAGUAACAAUGAAGAAGACUUCAUAACGGUAGUGGAGAUCGUGGUCAGAUUGUCAGAAGAUGCAGAGCCCACAGUGCGGGCUGAGCUGCUGGAACAAAUUCCUCCUGUUGCCAUUUUUCUCCAGGAAAACAGAUCCGAUUUUCCAGUGGUGCUAUCUGAACGUCUCGCACCCAUCGUGGUGCGCUGCCUCACAGAUCCAGACAACCAGGUUAGAAAAUCAAGUCAGGAGGCGCUGUUGAUUCUUCUGGAACAAGAUCUAGUUUUCCAGCACGAUAUUGAAAGCAAAGUGUGUCCAGUCCUGCUGGCGCUCUCCGCCCCUGACAGUGACGAUGAGUACAGAGCAGAAGCCGUGAGUAUAAUCUGCAAGCUGGCGUCAGUGCUGAGCAAGAGCACAGUUGAACGCCUGCAGCGCCCUCGCUUCUGUGAGCUGUGUGGUGAUGGGAAGCUCUUUCCAGUUCGGAAGGUAUGCGCCACAGAUUUUGGUGAUAUUUGUCAUGCUGUCGGACAAGAAGCCACUGAGAAAUUUUUGCUCCCGAAGUUUUUUGAGCUCUGCUCGGACAACGCGUGGGGGAUGAGGAAAGCCUGUGCGGGGUGCUUCAUGGCCGUGUCCCACAACACGUCCCCCGAGGGCCGCCGGGCCAGGCUCUCGCCGCUCUUUAUCACACUGAUCAGCGACCCCUGUCGAUGGGUGCGCCAGGCUGCCUUCGAGUCCCUGGGCCCCUUCAUCUUCACCUUUGCCAACCCCUCCAGGGCUGGCCUUUAUAUUCGAGAAGAUGGACCACCGGGUCCGGAUUCGGACUCGGAUUUCACCUCCGGGUCACCGGGUGCAGGCAGCCAUGGUAACAUGUCCUCAGCCUGGAUUUUUCAUGCACUUGAUGGUGACAUUCCUGACUCACCGUUAGUAGGCCCACACUGUUCUUCUAUUCCACAAAGGGGCCAGGCAGAGCCAGCUCUACCCAUGGAAGGCACAUCCACGGACACCAGCAAUUUCCCGUGCGUUGGUAGCUCCUCCGGUGGCCUGAUGGAGAACCCAACGGAAGACUCUGUCUUGGCUGGCGAGCUGACCAGGCUUCCCCCUGAGGCCAUGAAGCUCCCCAGUGUUAACGACCUCCCCGUCAACAGCCAUCCUGGACCAGACUCCUGUGCCCGCCCGGGGAGUCCUGAGGACGUUUUCAGUAAUUUCCUUUAUUGGCGAACUCCUCUCCCUGACAUAAGCAAGGACUUAGAGCUGCUCCUGAGCGAGGCUGGCCCGCAGGAGGAGGGUGGCGGCACACCCGAGGCCGUGCACCGGAGCUGUGUGGCUAGGAGCGAGAUUCAGAGAGUCCUGGAUGGUUUGCAGGAGCGUAUGAUGAAUGAUCCAGAUGUGCGAGGUUGGAUGCUCUGUGUGUGGCUGGCGUUUAGUUGGAAUGAAGUUAACGGCCGUAAACAUCAGCACCUCGCUCAAGUUCAGGUUUUGUCAGCUGCACUGAGAGCCGCGCAGCUAGACUCUGUGGAUGAGCCCGAGCGCCCGCCGACCGAAGGGCUCAAGGAGGUGUCCAUUUCAGGUCCCAGCCCAGCCCCUGGCGGUCAGCCGGCCCCGUCGGCUUCACCAGCGCGGAACGAGCUCGCCACGGCCAGGACAUUACAAAGCACAGGUCCAGGCGAACCUGGCAGUGGAACCAGUGACCGCUUGGAGACUGACCAGAGGCAUGGCUGCAGCCCACUUGAAGAGGAUAAAUCUAAAUUACAGGAUAUAAUACCUCAGCCCCUGCUAGAUCAGUACGUGUCCAUGACCGACCCAGCUCGAGCCCAGACUGUCAAUACCGACAUAGCCAAACACUGUGCCUACAGCCUCCCGGGGGUGGCGCUGACCCUGGGCAGGCAGAAUUGGCACUGCCUGAAAGAUACGUACGAGACGCUGGCUUCCGACGUGCAGUGGAAGGUCCUUCGGACCCUAGCCUUCUCCAUCCACGAGCUGGCUGUGAUCCUUGGGGAUCAGUUAACGACUGCCGACCUGCUGCCCAUCUUCAAUGGAUUUUUAAAGGACCUGGAUGAAGUACGAAUAGGAGUUCUGAAACACCUGUAUGACUUUCUAAAGUUGCUUCAUGAAGACAAGAGGAGAGAAUAUCUUUAUCAGCUUCAAGAAUUUGUAGUGACCGAUAACAGCAGGAAUUGGAGGUUUCGAUACGGAUUGGCAGAACAGCUGAUACUGAUUUUGGAACUCUAUAAUCCUAAUGAUGUUUAUGAUUAUUUAGUGCAUAUUGCCUUAAAGUUGUGCGCAGAUAAAGUUUCUGAAGUUCGGUGGAUCUCCUUCAAGCUAGUUGUAGCAAUUCUGCAGAAGUUCUAUUCCAACAGUGAAAGUGCGGUGGGGUUAAAUUUCAUCAAUGAACUCAUCCUAAGGUUCCGGCACUGUUCUAAGUGGGUCGGAAGGCAAGCGUUUGCUUUCAUUUGUCAGGCAGUGGUGAGCGAGGAGUGUAUCCCUGUGGACCAGUUUGUUGAACACUUACUCCCCAGCCUUUUAAGCCUUGCAUCAGAUCCUGUGCCAAAUGUAAGGGUUUUGCUUGCCAAAGCUCUAAGACAGACACUGUUGGAAAAGGUGUAUUUUAGAAAUGCCGGUAACCCUCAUCUUGAAGUCUUUGAAGAGACUGUCUUAGCUUUGCAGUCUGACUGGGACCAAGAUGUUUCCUUUUUUACCACCCUAGAACCAAAGCGGCGGAAUAGUAUAGACACUACCAUGCUAGAAAACCAGAAUUAA